AGUUCUCGACCUGAGGAAGUUACUUUAGCCGCGGAUCGCGUUGGAGAAACUAGAGCGAUCGACAUGAACACGUUAUGGGUGUUAUGCAGCGCGGCCAUCUUGGCCGGCGCCUCCGCCCUCUCAAUCCCGUUGAGGCAGAACCCGGAGACCCUGUGUACCGGCCAAGCCAACUUCCUCCGCAUCGCCAGCGCGGACUCCUGUGCCCACUACUACCAGUGCUACAGCGGCAACGCCUACCUCAUGCAGUGUCCUGACGAGACCUGGUUCAAUGAGCUAGAGCAGGUUUGCGACUGGUCGGAACCCCCAGCAAGGUGCCGCACCGAAGAAGUAGAACCAGAGCCUGAACCUGAACCAGAAACCCAACCGGAGCCAGAACCAGAACCCGAACCGGAGCCUGAGCCUGAGCCUGAGCCUGAGCCUGAGCCAGAACCAGAACCCGAACCCGAACCCGAACCCGAACCUGAGCCAGAACCUGAACCAGAACCAGAACCCGAACCCGAAUCAGUGCCUGAAGACGCUGUCGAAGAGACAGAAGAAUCGGUAGAAGAAGGAGAAGAGAACGAAGAUAACGAUGAUGAUGAAAGCGAAAACGAGGUAACUAGACGUCGCCGACAUAAACAUGACCACGAUCAUGCGGGACAUCAUCAUGGUCACGAAGACCACGAAGGCCAUGACCACCAUCAUGACCAUGAACACCGGCACCAUGAGCAUGAACAUGAUCAUGACCACGAUCAUGACCACGAUCAUGACGACGAUCAUGACCACGAUCAUGACCAUAGCCACGACGACCACGAUCAUGACCAUAGCCACGACAACCACGAUCAUGACCAUAGCCACGACGACCACGAUCAUGACCAUAGCCACGACGACCACGAUCAUGACCAUAGCCACGACGACCACGAUCAUGAUCACAGCCAUGACGACCACGAUCACGACCAUGACCACGAUCACGAUCAUGAACAUGACCACCAUGAUCACGACCAUGACCACGAUCACGAUCAUGAACAUGACCACCAUGAUCACGACCAUGAACAUAGCCACGAUCACGAUCAUGACCAUGACCACAAUCACAGCGAAGAAACUACUACAGAAAAUAUUGUCAAUGACGAUGAACAAGAUGAUGUCGUUGUAAAAUACGUAAAAUUGGUCAAACAGGAAGCUGAAGAUGAACAAAAUGAUGACAAUGAAGACGCAGAUAUUGCUGAUGUCGUACCAUUCAAACAAGAUGAAACAGAAAAUGAAGAGGCUGAUGAAAUUGAGAUUGAGGAAGAAGCAAGAAAGAUAAAACAAGAAGAAGUCGAUGAAGAGACAGAUGAGGAAGGUGAAGCAGAUUUAAAACAAGAAGAAGUCCAGGAAGAUGAGGAAGAACAAGUUGAGGAAGUAUCAAAGAAAUUAAAACAAGAACAAGAAGACACUGAAACAGAAGAUGCUGAUAUUGAAGAAGAUGAAGAGGAAGAAAAUAAGUUAAAACAGGAAGAAACCGAUGAAGAAGCAGAUGAGCAAGCCGAGGAUGUUGACGCAGAAGUUAAACAAGAAGUUCAGGAAGAUGCGGAAGAACAGGUUGAAGAAGAAGAAUCAAAGAAACUGAAACAAGAAACUUCUGAACCAGAAGAGGAGGAAGUUGAAAAUGAAGGCGCCGCAAAGCGUUUUUUCAAAAAGCUGUUCAGAAUGACAGCUUAAACAAUGACGUGUUCUAGAGCAAUCCGCUAGGAAUGCAUUCUUGAAAUGUAGUUGUUUUAAGUUAUUUAUUUUAAAUAAGAUCACUUUGUGCAAUUUUGUAAAUAAGUAUGUGAAUUUGAGUGAGUACAAACUAUGCCUGAACAA